UUAGCAAUAAUCAAUUGAGAACAAAACGCAUUGUCUACUUGCAUUGGCAACCUCUCUCUCUCUCUCUAAUCAAGCAGUGAGCAAUAACAAAAGACUAGUCGUCUUUCUUUAUUUCUGAAAAUGAUCUUUAUCAUAUUUACUUCAUGAAAGAAAGAUGGGUAGGGGACACAAAACCCUCUCUCUCUCUCUCUCUCUCUACUAUUUAUGGUUCAUGCACCUUAGCAAUAAUUAAUUGAGAACAAAAAGCAUUGUCUACUUGCAUUGGCAACCUCUCUCUCUCUCUCUCUCUCUCUCUCUCUCUCUCUCUCUCUCUCUCUCUAAUCAAGCAGUGAGCAAUAACAAAAGACCAGUCGUCUUUCUUUAUUUCUCAAAAUGAUCUUUAUCAUGUUUAGUUCAUCAAAGAAAUAAGCAUUAGGUAGAAGAAGUAUCUAUUAUAUUACUCCAUUCUUCUUCUCCUCCUCAAGCACAACAAAACAUGGAAGGAGAAAGAAAGAAGAGGAAGAUGGACAAUGAAGAGGGAGGAGGAGGAGAAGAAGAUGAAGAGAAGAAGAUGGAGCAGUUUUUUGCUUUGAUUAGAAGCACACGGGACGUGCGCAAUCGUUUGAGGAGCAGUGUCAAUGAAUCAAAUAUUAAAGAAGAGAAGAGACCAGUUGAGAAAGAGAUCAAGACAACUGCAGACUGGAAUCCUAAGUUCCAACCGGAAGAUUUUACAGGGGAAGAUAAGCCUAAGAGUCCUGGUGCCAGUAUCCUACCAGGUCCUUCUAAAAGAGAGGAAAAAAAGGAAAGAGAAGUAGUAGAAGAAGAUAGAGGAGAUGUCAAAGGUUUAGACCUAAAUCUUUCUUUGUAGCAGGGUUAUAUUUACAGAAAUGUGAUAUCAUGCAUGUUAAAGAACUGGAUUCACCAUAUGAUAUAAAAACAAAAGGUUGUAGUGCA